AUGCUCAAGCACACCUUCCGGGCCUGUCGCCAGUUGCGGGCGGCGCUGACGGCGUCUGCGGCGUCGCUGGCUGCCAGCCAGGGUUCUGCCGCUUCCGCCAAGUCGCUGUCUCAGCCCCCGUCUCAAUCCCAGCCCCAGAAGGCGGCGGGGCGUAAAGUCGGUGCCCGUCCCCAGGCCCACUAUAAGCUCCGCCUGAUUGCCAAACACGUGGGCGAUACCGUCACCACCACCUCCGAUUUGGGCGAAGCCAUCGACAUUUUGGACGAAGGGGCGCUGUAUUUGCGGGAAAUCGAGGUCGCCGAAAAGAUUAGCGACGUCGAAAUCUACCGCGCCUUGUCGCCGUUGGCUAACAAAAUCAUUACCAGAGUCCUCAAUGGUGACGUUGAAACGGGUGAUCGCCUGAUUGUUGAUAUUGUCGAAGUGUUGGCGAAGCUGAGAGUGGUCGACAAGUACCACUUCGCCAAAGCCGCCACCUGGCUCUUGCGCCAAGGACCGGAAAAUAUCCCCCAGGUACUUAACUUGUGGGUGUUGUACUUGGAAACCAAGCCCGCUAGAGACCGUUUCGUCCAAGUCCAGGAGAAAUACAAUAAGAUGCAGUUUGACUGGUUGGCGUACUUUGCCCUUGUGGCCCAGCACGUGGCGUUGAAACAGCCUCUCAACAUCGACCAGGCGAAGCAGUUGAUGCAGACCGACAACUUACCCGAGAUCGGCCAGGUCCAGUUGGCGUUGCGCCAGCUGAACUUGGACGAACAGUAUAAACAACAAUUCCACCAGUUUGUCCAGGAAGUGCAGCGCCACUUGGAGGAGACGGAAGACCCUAAUGGCAGACAAAUCUAUAAGCGUAUUCGUGACGCUAUUGACCGCCGUAUGCUUGGUCAAGUCCACCAAGUGGUUGACCUUGUUAAACGGUCGCUGGUGGCUCAAAACGUCCCCAUCCACACGCUGACGAUCUGGAGACUCAUGGACGCCUACACCGCUUUGGACGCUCCCGAUUAUGCCAUCUCGCUUUUCCAGGAGUUAUUGGCUCAAGGGUACGAUAUCCCCGAAAGAGUGUGGUCUCAAUUCUUAAUCUGUUUGUCGCUGCCAAGCAGAGUCAAAUCGAACCGCCAGGGCUUGAAGGAGUUCGACACUGCUGCUCGUGUCUAUUUGUCUAAGUUCCCGAUGACUCCGAGAGUGUUGCUGAUCAUUUCCUCAGGGUACACCAACUAUGACGAUUACCCUACCGCCAAAAAGUUGAUUGACGAAUGGAACGCUAAGGGGAUUGAACUUAUUCACCCGGCAAAGAAUAACGUCGUGUUCGGGCUCGUUUUGAACAAACACAUCGUCCAGGCUGAAGCCCUUUUCAAACAGUUUACCGAUGCCGACCCCACUUACCAGCCGCUGACGACGUUGAUGAACUCGUUCUUGGCCUACUACGCCAAGGCCAAGAACUUCAAAGCGGUGGAACACAUUUUGAAGUACAUGGACGAGCGCAACGUCCCUUACGACGUCGCCACUUACACUUCAGUAGUGGACCUGUAUUUCAAGGAAAUGCACGCCCGGGGCCGUCUGGGCGACGUCGACCAAGUCCUCCAAACUAUUAAAGGUGUCGACGUCAACGACGUGUUCCUCAACGCCCUCGUUUCCGGGUUGGCCCGCCAGGGGAAUAUCGAGCUGGCGCGGGCGAUCUUCGCCACCGCCAUCAACCGGUUCCCCGGGCUGCGUCCGUUGAUGGGGCUGAUGCUUUCCGGUGAGCUUGACCACGGCUCUAUCGACAAGGCAAGAGCGAUCUUUGACUACAUUAAGCACACUGGUGGCAAUGUUAACGUCAGAGACUAUAACCAGAUGAUCUCGGGGUUAAUGCCGAAACACGCUCAGGUGGCGUGGGACUACUACCAGGAGAUGAAGCAAGCGGGUAUCCAACCGAACCAGUACACCUGGUACUUCUUACUCCACCACACGUUGCACCGGACCAAGGACGCCACCGCCAAAGCCAGAGCCCAACAGGUGCUUGACGACAUGCAAACUGUCACUUCCAAAGACCAAUUGGGGGUGCGGUUGCCGAAGAUGUUGCGGGGCGCCGCCGACGACUACAAUUUGGGCACCUUGACCAAAUUCAUAUAA